GCGGAUAACAUCAAAAGUGGUAUUACAGUGCGAGAGAUCGCUGGUCGAACAUCGUUAAUGUACAAUGGGUACCUCAUUCAAAAUGAAUAUCUUAGUAGCUGUUCUGUUACUGUUUGUUAUUGAAAUUAACGCUGAUAUGUACUUACAAAACCCAAGGGGAAGUAAUAACAGAUUAGAUGAAGCAAAGAGAGAAAGGAACAAUGGCAAUAGGUUGUUUGAUUCUCAAAACAACAAUAGAGGCGGCUACAAUGUUGGCAGUUUGUAUUACUACACAGGAUCUACUUUACAAAUAGAAUGGACAAAUCAGCAUUCUUGUGGUGAUCAGAAUAGCCACUGUGAAAUCAUAUUGCAGUAUAUGUGUGGUGACUGGAUACGAGACGGAACAACAACAAGUACAAUUCCAGACAAUCCAGCAAACUGCUAUAACUACGAUUGCAACCGAGACACUCGAUUUGGUAUGCAAGAAAAUUAUGACUAUUAUAUUGACUGUAAACUGAGACAAAGAAAUGAAGGCCUGUUCACUGCCGAUCAGAGAUUAAGAGGAGAUUCCGCCAAAUAUACAAGACAGAAUCCACAGGGAACAAGAAGGGGAUAUGAGUGCCCUGAGGAACGUGAUUAUUACCCUUACUGGCACCCGGAUCCAUGGAAGGACAUUGCAGUUUUGACAAAUGAUGCAUCACGUUGUGAAUACUAUCAAAGCGAGAGUUUCAACGUGAAGCCACGCUACGCAUGCGUCGUCCCAAAGGCAUUUAUUCGUGCUAAUUUGAAUACAGGCAGUGACUCUGUUAUUCCCACCAAUCAGGAGGAUUGUGAAAAUCUCGUCUAUCCAGAAGAUGAUCCCGAUGGUGAACGUGGAAUAUGGAAGAUGUUUCCGGCACAUGGCAUAGAAGCACCGAUUUGUAGGGAAAACCACUGGAGUCGGGAUAAUCACCUUGGCAACGGGGUCAAUGGACAAACAAACACUUUUAAUUGGACGAUACCUAAUAUACAGCAUGAAAGAUGUGCCAUGAGAAUCAGGUACAACAUAUCAACUGGGGAAUAUGAUGGUUGGAAUGAUACUGAUGCAAGGUACAAUGCCGCUAAAAACAAUCAGCCCAGUCAGCUUAACAUUGCAGAGAGACUUGGUCUUAAUGAGCAGGAAGCUGAAACUCGAGGCUAUGUGUUUGAGAACAAUCCAGAAGUUGAAAUAUUCCCAGAUGCAGGCGGCAACACAGACUUCCAGCUCAGACUUGCCAUCAACACAGCGCAGUAUGGCAGAACAUUCCAAGAUAGAUCCCAUACCUUUGCUAUACGUAAACGCCCAGAAUCCAUGGAUGGAGCCAAUAUUUACAAUUUGAAUGUACGAGGAAAGAGGGGCAAUAUUGUUCAAGUUUAUCCGGCAACGGAGUACGAUUUCACUCCAAACGACCUUGAAGUUCAACCAGGAGACUAUGUGCACUUCCAAUGGACAGGAUCAAAUACCAACCCUAACAACAAUGAUGGACAAGGCUUACAAGGAACUGAUCGCUCAAAUGUCGUUCCUCUAACAGAGCAGGGAGCUGUCAUGCUGUUGCUUUCUAAACCAAGAAAUGGUGUAAUAGCGACGUACUUGAAGUGCUUAAUACAAAGUCAUCUCUAUGCGCUAAGAAACUACAUCCCAAAUGCACAAAAAUUUAUUUAUAGCAUUCUAACCUUUGAUGAAGGUGACUUAAGCCAACUGUUUGACAUUCGUCUGGAGGAAUGGACCCCAGAGGUUGGGGAGAAGAUAGUUGAAUCUUAUGGCCGGGAAGUAAAUGUCGGCAAGCAGUACGAAAGCAAUUUUAUAGUAGUUGGCCCACAAGUAGCUUUAACGGAAGAAGGAAAAACGUUUACAAUGCAGAUCAAUCUGAAUGAUGAUUCAUAUGAUGUUCUGACAGUUUACUAUUCAAACGAUGAGUACAAGACAUGGAACAAGAUUGAUGCAGAGCUCUCCAACGAUAAGGUGUCGUUUGAGGCACAGUUUGGCGCCACCUAUAUAGUACGCGGCAUGCCAAAUGUUGGCUUGAUUGUUGGAUGUACCAUUGCUGCCUUAGUAGCUGUAAUACUCAUUAUAGGUUCUAUCAUGUACUUCCGCAAACACCCGGAGAAAUUAGAGGCAAUUCGAACCACAUGUACGGCAUCAGCAAAAUCAGUUGAUGGGAGAGUUUGAGGCCAUCGUUUUCAAGUAGUUCUGUUGUCGCAAAAUUAAUAAUCAGUUUUAAAUCAAAUGGCAAAUGUACAUAACUUACAAAAUGUCCUUGAAUUUAUAGAGUAUAUAUAGUAUUUUAAUAUCAGUCUUUCUAGUUGCACAUUCCAAUAUAAAUGUAGAUUUCUUUAGUAUGAUAUUAUGAACUUUAUAUUCUUACAACAGCUCAUUGAAUAUUUGUAAAUAGUUUGUUCUAUAUUUUAUAAUAUAGUUACAUAUAGUUUUUGAUAUGUACACAAUUUUUUGCAUAAAUUUAAUAGUGUAAUAAAAGAUGUUUUGAUAAUACAGAAAUAUACCUGCAUAAACUGCCUUAUGUUGGAUAAACACAUACAGUACCUGUAUAUAUAUUUAUAUUAACACAGCAUACAUUUGACCUGCUAAGCUGAAGACAUAAGUCCUUUAAAUCAAGACUCUGUAUAAUGCUCUGUCCAAAUUAUCAAAUUUUCUUUUUCAAAACUGUUGUAUGCCCAUAUAAAGUCAUGAUGUGCCUAUAUAUGGUCAUGUGAUGUCAUCAUAUUACCAUAUUUAGUCAUGUCUUAUGUUUUUGUAACAAUUAAAUUUUGACAGUCUAUACAGGGUUUAAUACAGUAAAUUAGAAAAUGUGUGUAAAAUAAAGAAUAUAAAUAAAUCCUAAAUGUGGAUUAAGAAGGCAAUAGACAUUUAUAUGCAAUAAUUGUAUUACAGAAAGCUAGGUACUCAAUAGGUCAUGUGUUAACUGAACCUGGUAUCCAGAAUUUGUUAGAGAGUACAUAACUACUGUUUUUUAAAGCGAUGUUUAUAUUCUCGCCAAGAGAUAUACAGAACACUAGUCAACUGGAUUGAAUCCAACUGAAAUUCUUAUUAUUCGUACAGUGCAUGUGACUUUAAUGUAAAAAUCGAAAUUCAUAGAUUUAAUUUCUGGUUUUCAAAAUUACAUAUUUUUUCAUCUUGUUAAUAUUAAUUUAAAAUUUUGAAAAAAAAUUGCAAUGCUGAAAGAAAGAAAAAAAAAUCCAUUGGCCACAUGGUUGGUAGAUUGUCCAAAUUGAAAUCAGUGUCUUUGGUUCAACUCCACAACAGGAACAUAUUUUUCGUCUUUAUAAUUUACUUUAUAGAGUUGUUAGUCCAUAUUUGAUUAAAUUUUACAUACAGUAUUAGUAUUAGACAGAGAUUAGUGUUUCUAGGCUGUGCAACAGCUUGUGGUUAUUGCAUACGUCCGUCAUGAUUUAUAGACACUAUAAUGCAAUCCCAGAUUUUGUAUCCUUUUUUUUCAAUCCAUUAGAUUAUCAUGCUGUAUAUCUAAUGGCAAGAGUAAUGAUAUCAAAGACAUUCUUGUAAUAAAUAACCGUUUUAUGCAAUUUUAGUAUAUUAUCUUUGGGAUAUGUUUUUUAAUUUACUAAUAUAAUAGACAAAUGUAAAUUUAAUUUUUUAAUCAUAGGGCAUUUCAUUCAUUUCUCGAUGUUUUAUCCGCAGGUCGGAAGACAAAGUAGCUUUCAAAUAUUGUACUCUAAAUAAUUCGGACUAUAUUGAUUGUUCAUAGAAUUAUAGUUUUUAAGAUAGAAUUAAAAGGAUUUCUAUUGUUUUUUAUAUAACUUUUGAUUUGUUUAUUUUUGUAUGAUUGCAAAACAACAUACUCCUUUUUUCAUUACAGAUAAUGUAAAUUUUAACUUUGUAAAAUCAAAUUGUCUUCUCCGAUUGUUGGUGGUACUUGCGUGUUCAGAUUUAUACUGGUGAUGGUGAAAAAAUUAAUAAUAAUAAUAAUAAUAAUAAUUCUGUUCACUAUAGCAAAAACAAA